AUGGGAACAUCAACAUCACUACCUAGCACGGUCGAUGUCAAUGAAAUCAGCACUAAUACAGGUCUUUCGAAAAAACAAAUUUGUUCAUUGUGGACUCGAUUUUAUGAACUUGAUCGUGAUGCCCGCGGUGAAAGUAAAGGAUAUAAAGGAUAUUUAGAUGCUGAUGAUUUAGGUCGUGUACGAAAAUUUGAUGAAAACCCAAUUGCAUUUCGACUGAUUAAAGUUAUAUUUAAUGAUUUUGGAUCCGAUGGUAAAUUAACUUUUAAUCAAUUUGUUGAUUUUAUGAGUACAUUUGCUCAACGUAAACGAGCUGGAUCUCAUCAUGAACAACGUUCAUCGGUACAAACAAUAACAACAACAACAACAGCAGCAAAAACUGAUUUUGAAUCAAUUAAAUAUUCGCCUGAUGAUACAGAAAGAGCACGAAAAAUUAAAUUUAUAUUUAGUAUGUACGAUGUUGAUCGAAAUGGACGCCUAUCAAAAGAAGAUAUACAAGAAAUUCUCAAAAUGAUGGUUGGAAAAAUUAAUGAUGAUGAAGCAUCUAUUAUAGCUGAAAAAGUUAUUGGAGAAUUUACUGAAGAUCAACCAAAUUCAAUAGUAACACUUCAAAAUUUUGAAAAAACGCUUCAUACACUUGAUUUCAAUGAGAAAAUGAGUUUAAAACUAUUAAAAUAA